AAGGCCACGGCGAAGAGGCGCCCGCCCGCCCUCUCUUUCCCCACCCUCCCCCCUCCCGUUCCGAAAAAGAACGCGGAUCGCCCGCGAGGCUGCAGCCCGAUCGGGGGAGAAAAAAAAAAAAAAAAAAGAAAGGGAGGAGAACAACAACUAUGGAGGAACAGGAACUUGUGGUGCACGAGGAGGAGGUGGUGGAAGAAGAAGAAGAAGAGGAGGAGGAGGAAGAAGAGGAGGAAGGAGGAGGAGGAAGAAGAAGAAGAGGAGGAGGAGUAACGGAGAAAGAGGAAGGGGAGCCCAUCGUGGUCCAAGUGAAGACCAUCGAGGAUUUUUUGAACAGGGGCAGCCUGCCCCACAUCAAGACCGAAUCCGAGGAGGAAACCCACCGGUAUUGGGACUCUGAAUGGCACGAAUUCUUGAAAAGUGUGGCGUGGCUCUCUCCGGGCCCGUCUUCGCCUCCGUCGGAGGAAGAUGUCCGGGAUUUCCAGGCCUCCUUCGGGAGAGUCAAGGAAGAGGCGCGGGAAGGGAGCUCGGGAGAAGCCACACGAGAUCCCAGCGUCCGAGGGAAAGCCUGGAUAGGCAGAAAAAAGUUGGAUUCCUGCAGGAAGAUGAAAGAGACGCUGGAGAAGAUGGGGAUGGAGAGACAGUGGCCCCUGCACCUCAAGCAGUUCUGCCCCCAGGAUGUGGAGAGGGCCCAGCUACCUGCCAAGAGAAAGAACGCCAAUACACCGGAAGGAAUGAGAAAAAAGCAAAGAAAAGUCAUCAGUCUCAAUUUGAAGAUGAAGAUCAUCAAAGCAUACGCUGAUGGGAAGAAAGUGACUAAUAUAGCUCGGGAAGAAGGCCUGGCCCAUUCUACCAUCUCCGCCAUUUUGAAGGACAAGGAACGCAUCAGAGAGGCCAUAAAAGGAUCAUCGGGAAUGAACGUAAGUAUAACAAGGCAGCGAAAAGGCCUCAUCCACGAAAUGGAGAAACUCCUCAUCCUCUGGAUCGAAGACCAGAUACAGAAGAGGCUUCCGGUGAGCCUUCUCCUCAUUCAGAAUAAGGCGCGCAGCAUUUUUGCAACGCUGAAAGAACGAGCAGGCGAGGAAUGCACCGAAACAUUCACGGCCAGCCGUGGUUGGUUUAUGCGAUUCCAGCAAAGGUUUCAUUACCAGAAAACGCACGUCUCAGGGGAAACGGCCACUGUUGACGAAGAAGCUGCCAAACGUUUUCUAAAUGAACUUGAUGGGAUCAUAGCGGAAGGGAACUAUUUUCCCGCCCAGAUAUUCACCAUGGACGAAACUACGUUGUACUGGAAAAGAAUGCCGGAGCGAACCUACAUACAUAAAGAGGCCCAAGCAAUGCCUGGGUGUAAAGCAUUCAAAGACAAAGUAACUAUACUAUUGGGCGGAAAUGUUGCCGGAUUCAAGCUGAAGCCAUUUGUAAUCUUCAAAUCCGAUCACUCCUGUAUGUUCAAAAACGUUAGCAAAACCUCACUGCCCAUUUAUUACCGAUCCGAUCCUAAGGCCUGGAUAACACCCCUUCUCUUUGAUGAUUGGUUUAUGAAUUGUUUCAUACCCCUGGUAAAGGAAUAUUGUUGGCAAAAGGGGAUUCCGUUUAGAAUUCUUCUGCUCUUAAGCAAAGCACCUGGACAUCCCCCAGAUCUCAACAAUCUUCAUCCUGAUAUAAAGGUAGUUUAUCUACCCCCAAACACCUCGGUGCUCCUACAGCCUAUGAACCAGGGAGCUAUCUUGGCAUUCAAGGCCUACUAUUUGCAUGAAGUGUUUGCCAAAGCCUUAGCCACAAUGGAACAUGAGAGUAUAACACUGAGCGAGUUUUGGAAAAGCUACAAUAUCCUGGAUUGUAUUGAAAACAUCGUAGCAGCAUGGCAGGAUGUUAGCGUGAAAUGCAUGCAAGGGAUUUGGAAAAAGUGCUUGAAAUGCUUUGCUGCUCUUGCGGAUAAUUUGGAGGAAUUUGACCAGCACCAACAUUUAGAUGAAAUAAAUAAAAACAUUUUGAUGCUCACGAAAUCCCUCGAUUUAGAGGUGGAGGCCGAAGACGUGAAAAGUUUGAUAACUUACACUGAGGGAGAGCUUUCCAACGAAGAUUUAAUUGAAUUGAAAGAAGAACUAGAAGAACAGAAGGUGGUGGAAGAAGAAGUCGAAAAAGAAGAAAAGAAAGAAGAAAAGAAAGAAGAACGAAAAGAAGAACAAAAAGAAGUGGUGAAAAAAGUCGUAGAAGUUCAGCCCAAAACCUUCAGUCUGAGAAGGUUGGGUAGUGUUUUCUCCGGCGUUAACAAAAUUUUAUCAGAAUUAGAAAGUAUGGAUCCGGAUGUGGAACGUUUUAGACGGGUACACUGGGAAAUGCGUGAAAUUUUAAAAUGUUAUCGGGAAAUAUAUGAAGAAAAAAGGAAAGAAAGCACGGAAAGCAGACAUAGUGGGUUCCUGAAGAAAGUUAUUUCUUCCCCGGUUCCAGUCCCCUCCCUCUUACCCUUCCGAUCGACAGUAAUAGAACACCCGGAUGACCCUCAGCCAUCAACUAGUUAUGCCAGGGGAUCUGAUGUUCCUGAAAACUCGGAAAACCAUGAAUCUUUCAAACGAUAUGUAUCCGAUUUGAUGUUUACAGGUAUUGUAAUUUUAAAAUCUGAUUUUGUACUCUCUUUUUUAAAAAAAUUAUUAUUAUUAUUAUUAUUUGGGUAACAACUUUUUUUGGUGUCUUCAAGUCUUCGUUGACGUGGACUGGCACCAAUAAAGGAGAAUAUUCG